AUGGAACGCCUCUACACGAGAUGUGCGAGGUUCAGUCUCAAAUCACAUCACGCAGCCGCCGUGACGCCUCUACGGAACAACGCCAGGCGAUUCUCUGGCUCGAGAAUUCUUCGCGAUGAAGAUGAUCAAUCUCCAUCAGACAGAUCUGCACGGACAAGCUCGACAGGUGCAGCCGCCAGACCUCGUACUUCACGCUCGAAUCUACUCAUUCAAAAAACACCCAACCGACCUGCUCCGAUUGGGGCUCGACCACCACCUGGCACCGUCCUUCGCCGCUCAGAGGCUCCACGAAAGGUAGCUGCAGGAGGUCGAGCAUCACCUGGCACAGUCCUUCGACGUACCAGGCCAUCUUCCAGCGCCAGAGCUCCAGGAGAAUCAGGAACUGGAACCGGAAGAGGACGCGGCCCCCAGCCAACGAGAGCCGCCGGCGUCGGCACUGAUGGGAAAUCAGCACCAGCAAAACCUCAAAACCGCGUGGACCGCCGUCUCCGUCAGGCGCGGGCACGGCAAGAAAUCGCAGCCGCUCAGGAGGAGCAGGAAGAGAACAUGGACGAAGAAGUUCAGAUUGAGAACUACAUCAAGGAAGUAAUCGACCGGCCAGAGAACCCGACGGAGGAACUCCCCCACGUGCCGGGCCAGGAUAUGUCUCUCGAGGCCCUGCGCGCCGACUGGCCCAACACACCUCUUUCGGGCACGGGGUUGACGGAAUCCGUCCAGCAGCGCAUCGAGUGGCUCGCGCAGCGCAUUCCGCACGGAUAUCAGACGCCCGCGCAGCUCGCGGAGCGGUAUUAUAAGGGAUAUUUCACGCGGUUUGAGUCCGAGGCCGAGAAGCAGGAAGUGCUCAAGCUGGCGACCGAGAUGGCCAGGAAGAAGGCCGAUGAGGCCACGGAGCACAAAUACACCGAGGUCACGCCACGGGAUAUGUCGUUUGAGGACGUCGUGUCGAGGAGCGCAGAGCGUCAGCGUCUUGCGGACACAUUUGUCCGUGGCAAAUACCCUGAGGUGCAGAAGCAGAAGAUGCCGUUCUUGGACCAAAUCGUUCGCAAUUUGAAUAACAACGACACGUACAAUGGGAGACAGACGGAAAAGUUCAUGGAGAUGGUGCAGAAGGUCAUGGCAGGGCAGCCGGGAGACCUUCCAAGGAUGGGCAAGACCUGA